AUGGCGCAAGUCCUUUAUUCUGACGCCUUCAGCUUCCCGUCUCUAGUGUACGACAUUAUAGCAGGCGCCAUGGGCGGAAGCACGUACCCGUGCCCUGCGGCGGACAAGGCGCUCGCGACGAUCGGCGCGGUGCUGUGGAGCGUGCAGAUCAUCCCGCAGAUCAUCAAGAGCUACCGCACCAAGAACACGGACGGCCUCAGCCCGUACCUCAUGUUCAUCUGGGCCAUCGCCUGUACCUUCCAAGGCGCGUACCUCGUAUCUAUGCGCUCCUCGAUUCCGCUCCAGAUCCAGCCGCAACUCUUCGGUUUCUUCGGGUGCAUCUCCUGGGCCCAGUGUCUGUACUACGGCUCCAAGAUCCCCUUGCGCAAGGUCCUGCUGUACCUGGGCGUGCUGUACGCGAUCCUGGGCGGCUUCGAGGUCGGGUCCGUCUACGCUCUGUGGGCCGGGGAGCGCCACGGCGUCAACUGGCCGAAACAGAUGUACGGGUGGAUCACGUCUGCGCUCCUCGUCGCCGGUCUCAUGCCCGAGUACUGGGAGAUCUACAAGCACAAGGCCGUCGUCGGCAUCAGCGUCAUGUUCAUGGUCGUCGACAUUAUGGGCGGCAUCUUUUCCGGCGUCUCCCUCUUCUUCCGUGACGAACUCGACUAUACCGCACUCGCGCAGUACAUGCUCGUCGUCGUUUUUGACGGCAUUGUCGUCCUGCUCGUGCCGAUUCUGAACCCGCGGGCGAAGAAGAGGGCAGCAAGAGAGGCGGCCCUCAGGCAGGAGGAGGCCGCUGUUGGAGGGGACGUCGAGCCGGUCGAGGGCGAGGUCGCGAUUGACGAGAGGACGCACGAACUCGUCGGCGCUCAUGCCCACGAGCACCUCCACUUUCACCGCGGAGAGCUCGAGCGCGCCAGCGUUACCUACUCGUCAAAUCUGACUGCCGUGGGGCAGGAUGACAAAAGCCUCAAGGACACGGCCAGCCGCAACAGCGACGACACCGACUCGGCUCUGAAGCGAUAA